AUGGCACUAUAUAAAGAUAUAUCUCUGAUUGAGUUUAUUAUUCCCUAUUGGAUCAUGAUGCUUGUUUCUUUGUUUCUGUUUUUUUUUUUUUAUGAGUCGGAAAGGGUUUGUAAACCCCUGAUGCACAGCUUGACAGGAGGCCGCCAGGCGGUUAAUGAGCUCCACGUUUUCCUCCGAGCAAUGAGCGGUGCGCAGCGACUUUGGGCGAAACGGAUUGCCGCUCAAGAGGCCAAGGUAAGGCGCUUUAUGAUUAUGGAAGACAACUGCAGGAAAAAACUUCGGAAGAGUGUACUUCGCUCUACCAAUGAACAGCUAAAAUAUUUGGUAAAUACCGAUCUUCUGGGUGGUAUGGAGUUGAAACUUCCCCCUCGUGCCGCGUUCAACGCCUUCCAUAUCCCUACAAAACAAGUUAGUGGAUUUUCCGUCUUUGCCAUGGCGCGUCUCCAUGCAUCUCCCACUUUGAUGUCAGAAAUUUCACGGAUAGGUUUUAUCGCCGAUCUCCUCGGAGCAUGGGAGAUCCUCCCACCCUCCGGAAAAGAGCGAUACGAGGCGUAUGCAGAAAAAAUUAGGCGCGAGACUGCCGCAGGGCAGACGAUCAAUUAUAAUCAUCAGACAUUCUCAAAAUUAACUGGUAAAGAGGAGGAAGAAAACACCGAUGCCACCUGGGAAUCAACUGCAUACCUUUGUUUUUUACGCGAGGGACAGCGGCAACUGGAAGCGUCGGUGGGUCCGCUUGAAGAAACGGAUUGGCUGGCAAUUGCACCGAGGGAGUGGAACAGCUUAACCCUGCGACAAAAGAAACGCUACUUUCAGGAGUAG